AUUUGUCAGCGGAUCAUGCAGCUGAUGUCAUCGAAUGACGAGUUCCGCGGCGUCCCGCGCAUUGCGGCCAGGGCGGGCGGGGGGCGCUCGGGCGGCGCGGGGCGGGCGGGCGCGGGGUCGGGCGGCGGCGGCGCGCAGUGCUCCUCGCGCAGCGGUCACCGGAGCGGCGUUCACUCGGCGGCGCGCCGCGGCGCGACAUGCCCAGCUGAUGUUUAUUUAUACCGCGAGCUCGGCGGAGGGCGCGCGCGGGAGGCCCUCCCCUCCGCGGCACCACCGCGUAGCGUGAUGCAGACGAGCGAGCGAGCCGACGCCGCGCACGCCGGUAGCGGCAACAACCCGCAGCGCGGCAUCAACGGUGGCCGCUUCGACUUUGACGACGGUGGCACAUACUGUGGUGGCUGGGAGGAUGGCAAGGCCCACGGUCACGGGGUCUGCACCGGGCCCAAGGGGCAGGGUGCCUACGCUGGAUCAUGGCACUUUGGAUUUGAAGUCUCCGGAGUCUACACCUGGCCCAGUGGCAGCUCAUUCGAGGGCCAAUGGCAGAACGGCAAGCGGCACGGGCUCGGCGUGGAGACGCGCGGGCGCUGGCUGUACCGCGGGGAGUGGUCGCAGGGCUACAAGGGCCGCUACGGGGUCCGCCAGAGCACCACCAGCAACGCCAAGUUCGAGGGCACCUGGGCCAACGGGCUGCAGGAUGGAUAUGGCUCUGAGACUUACGCGGAUGGCGGCACAUACCAGGGCCAAUGGUCGCGCGGCAUGCGGCACGGCUACGGCUCCCGGACGUCCGCCCCGUUCGGGUUGGCGUCCCACUACCGGGGCGCGGCGGCGGGCGCGGCGCGGGACGCCCGCGGCUCCAUGUCGUCGCUGGCCGAGGCGGGCACCCCCGACCCGGCAGAGCGGAGGACCACCCGCAUGGACGACGCAAGGGGCGGCUUCGUGCUCAAGGCUUCUUCCGACGAGCCCGCCGGCCGCAGGGGGUCGCUCGUCGAAAAAACUAAGAAAGGACUUUUCUCUAAGCUCCGCAAGCAGCGCAGCGCGGGCGAGCUGGACAAGCGCGGCACCAGCUCGGUGCGCUCCGGCGGCUCCGGCGGCUCGGGCUCCAGCUGGGUGUCCUCCGUCGACUCCACGCACUCCGCCAUGACGCACGGCUCGCUGCACACAGACUCUAAUGCCAGUUUUAUGGUCGAGGAUGAACAUCUGGAUGCAAGCGUAACAGAGACAUACUUGGGGGAAUGGAAGAACGACAAGCGCACGGGGUUCGGGGUGAGCGAGCGCAGCGACGGACUUCGCUACGAGGGCGAGUGGUUCAACAACAGGAAGUACGGCUACGGAGUGACCACGUUCCGCGACGGCACGCGAGAGGAGGGCAAGUACAAGAACAACGUGCUCAUCACGAGCCAGAAGCGCAAGCACAUGUUCCUGAUGCGCUCGGCCAAGUUCCGCGAGCGCGUGGACUCCGCCGUCAACGCCGCGCAGCGCGCCUCCAAGCUCGCGCUGCAGAAGGCAGAUAUCGCCGUCUCAAGAAUGGCGGUGGCCCGGGGUAAAUCGGAACAAGCCGACGAAGCGGCAGACCAAGCAAAAGAAGACUGUGAUAUAGCACAAGUGACUGCGAAGCAGUUUGCUCCAGAUUUUAAGCACCCUGGCUUUGAUCGAAUAGGCUUAAGAGAUAAAUAUAGACAGAAAACUUUCGACCCUCAGGUGACGAUGCCCGCGCCACAAGAAUCAGAAACGAUGUUAGAUGGAAAGAGCAUUCCAAAUCAUAUCCCUCCGAUGCAUGCACAGGUGCCCCAAAUGAAUAAACAAAUGUCUAACGCUGUUGGUUCUAGAAGGCCUUCAAAUCAAUAUCCGAGACCGCCACAAUCGAUAGACCCACGACUUGCUAACAGUCCUAACAACUAUAACACUGACAACCGAGCAUUAGGACCUCCCUACGGCUCGGGAUACAAUUCUAAUCAAGACACAUGGGCACCCGGCGCAGCUCAGCCCUCGGCAAUGGACAAUAAGAUGCCACUGAAUGAACAGCAGCCAUAUGGAACAACACAACCUGACUCGCAGCAGCAGCAGCCUCCAUACCGUAGGACAGAUGGGAUACAACCACAACAGAGCAUAGAUCAAGCCAAUCCACCUUUUAUGCAACAAUCAAGACGACAAUCGGCCGCCAUGAGACCCACUUUGAAUUCCAGAAUCGCUCAACAGGAAUGGAAUCCUACUCAAGGAACUGUAAGAAGACAAAGUGUAUUAGCACAGCCGACGCUGGACGCGCAGGGGAACCCCUACCCGGACGCCGUGGCCGCCAGCUACGGACGCACCGAGCUGCGCACCGGCGCCGUGUACUCCGAGCAGCCCGCCGACCCGUACCGCCAGAACCAGGACCAGGGCGCCGGCCAGGGCUACCGACCCAACUUCGACCAACAAGGCUAUCGACAAGACACUGACUCACAGAUGUAUCAACAAACGCCAUCGCAGCCCCAAUCGUAUCGACAGAUGCCAUCGGAGCCCCAAACUUAUCGACAACCGACGUCACUCGACCAAGAUAUUGCGAACGGCACGCAAAACCUCCGACAGAAUACGUCGCGGCCGUCGAUAGACUACUUCGAUCACUACAAGAGGCCGCCGAGCCGGGACGGCAGCGUGGACCGGUACGGGCGGCGCUCGCGGCAGGCGUCGGUGGAGGCGACGCCGGCGCCGGCGGGGGCGGGCGCGGGGGGCGCGGCGUCGCGGGCGGGGUCCCAGGCGCCGCAGCCCGCGCCCGCGCCCGCGCCGCUGCUGGGCUCGCGCGCCGCCACGCCCGCCGCCGGGAACGGCCACCUGGCCUCCGGGCGCGGCUCCAUAUCGCGGGCCACCUCACGCGAACCCGCCUUCGAGGAGUCGCUGAUGCGGAAGAGGAACCUGGGCCAGGACAUCUCCCCAUCCCUGUACCAGCCGAAGCGUACAGAGAGCCUGUACGUGGCGCAGAGCCCCGCGCCCGCGCCCGCGCCCGUGCUCGGCGGCGGCGGAGGGGGCGGACGGAAGAUGCUGAGCGCGCCGCAGCCGCUGCAGCGCAAGAAGUCGCUGCCGGAGGUGCGCGACGCGGCGGGCGCGGGCGUCAUGUCGCGCGAGGAGGUGUCCAUGCUGGGCUCCGCGCGCCGCGAGGAGGUGCGCCGCAUGCAGGACGAGUCGGAGAAGCUGCGCGCCAACCCGCUGCUCUACCUCGUCAGUCCGCAAGUCAAGGACUGGUUCUCCCGCCAGCAGCUGGUGAUCCUGGUGCUGUUCAUCAACAUCUCGCUCGGCAUCAUGUUCUUCAAGCUGCUGACGUAGCGGCGGGGGGCGCGCGCGCGCCGUCUGUCCUACGCAACACGCUACUGUACAUAUUUUGAAUCGUUAUAACUUUGCAAAUAGCCAAACAUGUUUCGAUAUGCAAAUGUUUAAAAAAAUAUUACUUGAUCCUUCUUUUGAUACGAGUUACAUUUUAAAUAUCUAAAUAAAAGAUUUUUACCAUUUAGUAGUCGAUAAGGACUUCGGUUUGCUAGUGUAUCUUAUUUAUGAUGUCGUGUAAUAUUGUGGAGCAGUACACCGCCGCCGCGGGCUGCACGGACUACGCUGAAGAGUGAUACAUUCAUCACAAUGUACAAUAUUUUGUGCCACUUCAUAGAUUCUAUUUAUCAUUAAUAGCCUUAACAUAUGGAAGUGAACACCGCAUUUCCAUAUUAUAUACAGAAUACAACUCUACAUUAGAAAAGUUAUCCAAUCAUCAAUUUUAAUAAACUAUUGCCACUGGCUAGUUAUUUAUGUAUAAUGAUGUAAACAGAGUUGCACCGACAUUUCCGGAACUGUAGUACUUAUGGCGGUACCUACAGAUGGUAUAGGUACGUAGAUAGCUCGAGAAGUGUUUACUUAUGAACAGGAGAUGAAUUGAUUGAUCGUUUCGUAGGAGUAUAUAAACCGUACUCGUAGCUGUACAGCUAUAAGCUAUGUAUAAUAUUUAUCUCUGAUAAUAUGCCUUCGACGUGAAAUUGUGACUGUUAUAUUCUUACAUGUGUAUAUGAAUUAGGUACUGGCUAUUGGUAUAAAUGAAACAUGUACAUACCUACAACGAAAAAUGGAGCAGUGCUAUGAGCACACACGCAGAUAGCUGACGUCGUUUAGCGAAUACUAUGCAGAAUUAAUACCCAAUGUAAAUUAAUAUAAUUUAUUUAUACCAUUAAAAAGCUGGAAAGUUAUGUAAAGCAGCUUUCCAAAACAAGAAAGAUAGUUGCUUUUUAUAAAGAAAUGUUAUUGUUUUGUUUUAUUGUGAAAUUCUAUUGAAAUUUUAAACUAAGAGCCCCAAUUUUCUUCAUUUAAAAUGUCUUGGGUGCUAUAUCAUGUACAAGUAUAAGUAACUUAAGUGAUUAUGGAAGCACAAAUAACAAGAAUGUAAAUAAAUUAUUAACCCUGUUAUAUGAGUAUAGUUAGAUGCUAAUAUUAGUGGGAUCCAUGAAAGCUUUUCAUACGGAAUUGUAAUAUCUGUGUACUUAUAAUUAUUAAUAUUUAUUAUUGAAAGUCCCACAAUUUUUACGAAAAACGUUUUUUCAUGAAGUCAAUUCUAUAACCAGUUUUUGAUAGAUGAAAACUUUAUUAUAUAUAUACUUAUCUUAUUGAGUAAAUAAUCUGGGAAGCGCGAGUGAAAGAGAGUGUGCUUAAUUUGGUAUUUACUUGUAUAAUGCAUUAAGUGAACGGAGAUACAGUUGGUAAGACAGUUUUCACACUUUCAUUAAAUAUUAUAUGUUUAAACACAUAAGUUUUAAAUGUAAGAAUUUUAAUUACUUGUAUCAAUUUUAUCUUCUACGUUUCACAAUUAAAAUAUUUUAACAAAACUC